AUGAAUACAACAUUUGGAAUAUAUAUGCCUCUGCCGGAUCUUGGACCUUGCAGUACGCGGCUGCCCAUCGCAGGCGGGCUUCCAAGACGCGAUGGUUGGAGCAGGGAUACUGCAACCUUCGCUGAGUUUGAUCGUCAGAUGACUUCAGAGUUGGAUCCAUGUAGCGGUGCAAUGACGUCAAUAACAUCUAUGCCUGCACGGCAUGUGAAUACAACACCUAUUUACGCCCCGGUAGACACUAGACAUUUGGGUUGGUAUGGCUAUCAAUUAAGUCAAACAUCCCAAGUACGACCUAAUGCACUGAAAUUCCAAGUGGCGAUUUUGCCUGUUGAUGUUAGUAUGCUGCGAUCAAAUGCUAUAUGA